UGAAGAGGGGGGGGUUGAGAGAAAGAGAAGAACGGGAGAGAAAACAGAAAGGGCAGGAAGAGGGGAGCACCGGAGAACCCCGCAGACGUUUCCGCUGUGAAAAAGGUGCUAUCGCUGAAACCGAUCUGGAACAUGAGAACCGCAUGUUGACACGGAAUCCAGGAGAAUGUUAACCUUACCCUUCGAAGAACCCGCCACUAUGCCCGAGCCCAGGUUCAUCGCCAGCUUCCCUCCAGAAUGCGUCGCCGAGAGCAAAAACAGAAAGCACGACGGCAGCCCGAUGUCUAAGGCCAAGGAGGCGCAAGAGGACACCUCAGACAGGGAGGAGGAGGACCGGGAGGAGGACCAGGACGAGAACGGGCUCCCGAAGCGGAAGGGAUCCCGGAAAAAGAAGGGGAACGGCGUGCGGCACGAAAGGGUCAAAGUGCGGCGCCAGGAAGCCAACGCUCGCGAGCGCUCGCGCAUGCACGGUCUGAACGACGCGCUGGAGAGUCUGCGGAAAGUGGUGCCGUGCUACUCCAAAACGCAGAAACUGUCCAAGAUCGAGACUCUGCGCCUGGCGAAGAACUACAUCUGGGCUCUCUCGGAAACCCUGAGCGCCGGGAAGAGGCCCGAUCUGCUCGCCUUCGUGCAGACCUUGUGCAAGGGGCUCUCGCAGCCGACCACCAAUCUGGUGGCGGGCUGCCUGCAGCUGAACGCCAGGAAUUUCCUCACGGAUCACAACGGGGAGGCCUCCUUCGCCGGCAGGCCCGCGUACGACGCCGUUUACGCGCCCUACUCGGGCUCCGAGACGGGCACGCCCACGGGGCACGGCGGCGGCGGAACCAUGGACAGCGCCAAGCCCUUCAGACCGUACGGCUACUGCGGCUCCUACGAGUCCUUUUACGAGAACGGGUCCCCCGAGUGCACCAGCCCCCCGUUCGAGGGGGGUCCACUCAGCCCCCCAAUUAACUUUAACGGGAUAUUUUCCCUUAAGCACGAGGACCACCCCGCCGACUAUGGUAAGAAUUGUCACUACGGCAUGCGUUAUUGCGCGGUGCCGGCCCGGGGCUCGCUGGGCCAGAACUCCAUGUUCACCGUGUCCGCCGACGGCCAUUUCCCGUACGACCUGCAUGUGCGCGGCCAGUCUUACGGUGCGGUGCAAGACGAGCUAAACGCGGCGUUUCAUAAUUAACGAGAGAAAGUGGAAAAAGGUUGUCUCCCCCCUGCCGUCUAAUUACCGAAAACAGAUUUCUCCCUCUUGACACGGACAUGAAUUACUUAGAAUGUGUAGCGUAUUUUGUAUCUUUUAUUUAUUUAUUUAUUUAUUUAUUUUUGGUCGCCCUUGAAAUGGUGUUCUAUUUGUUUGUUUGUUUAUGAUAACUACAUUUGAAAAGGGGAUACUGGUCUCUGAGCUAAAUCACUCAAUGGGAAAUGGACAAUGCGGGCCUUUAUUGUUCGGCAAUCAGAGAGGAUAUUUCAGUUUGUGGGCUAUACAUAUGAAUAUUGCUUGUAUUUGUGAAAUUAAUAGGUAUGGACGUGUCAAUUUAAUCCGUUUAAUAUUUGUGCAUUAUUAUAUAUUAGAUGGGGGAAACUAUUUCAAGGUCUAAACAUGUCCUUGUUGUUACAAAUCUUUUUUACAGUCGUUUCAGAACACUUAAAUCACAAAGCAAUACAAGGCCAAGACGAACUAUGCAAUAAACAAACAACGACCAUCUUAUGAUUUUCCCAUCGGAUCAGACUUAAUGGAAUAUGACCAGUGAAAAUAAUGAUUAAUCCACGCAAAUGCACUACCAAUUCUUGCCCGAGGCACGCGCCCGUCGGUUAGUCAUAGAAAUCGUUUAACUCAGCGGGCUAACAAUUCGUUAUUUUAUGUAUAAUUGGUAGGGGAGAAAAGACACGUCGUGACACAAAGAACAUUUUAAUAACAUCGGACAAUUUUUUUUUUCUGAACACGACGGACAUAAUCGGGUUAUUGGAUUGCUGUUGUACCUGUACGAAUGUAUAUGUGUAGUAGGCUAUUUAAACAGUAAACCUGCACGUGCUAUACGUCGUUCUUCCACCAGAAUGACCGAACUGCUAUCGCAUAUAGGCCUAAAAGUAAAUGUCAUAAUAAAAUAACGAAUGUGUAAUGAAGAAAAUGCUGCAUUUGUAUUAUGUUUUAAACUUGUGGAAAUGUAAGAAAUGGGGGGGGGGGGUCGAUCUAUUGUCAUCCCUUGCUCAUCAGGAACCGCCAUGCACGAGCACGGGGGCGCGAGCCCACAUGUUCCACGGGGCAACCGGGUGUGAGUAUUUGCACAUUCAGUGACGUCAGAAGGCUACGUUGGUAUAUUUUAAAGGUUUUUGUCUUCAUUAAUUUGUCGCAAACACACACACACACACACACACACACACACACACACACACACACACACACAUACCAUUUAUUCUCCCUGACAGAGAGCUAUAGUUCACAUGUAAACAGGAACAAACUGACCGCAGUUGUAGGCCAUGUAGCAAUACGCAGCUUAUUCAUUGGAUCCCCCAAUUUUUUUAAUUUAUGAAUGUUCAAAUAUCACCACACAUUUCGUGUGUACUCUUUCUUAUGUGUAUAAUUACGUUUACAGUGUUACAUGUGAAUUCGAGAAAUGAAAACUUUCAGAAAAAUCGCAGUGCAACUUUAGUCAGAGUUUUAGCACGUGUCCUAUGAUUUUAUCACUGUUUAAAGUGCUCGCCUUAAAAAUUAAAAAUUCACCAUGUGGCUCGUGCAGUUUAUGCAUGAUUUUUAUUUUAAUAAUUUUGCGGCUCCUGGCUUUGUACAUUUUCGUGGCUCUUUGAUGAAGAAAAAGUUGUAGAUGAGAAGAAAUCCCCGGAUGCACUAAGUUGGACUUUUCCUCCGCGCAUUUGUAUUGGACAAUUACUUUGUUUUGUAUUGCCAAACGAAAAAUAAAACGCUCAUUAAAGACUAA